AUGGAGACCUUUCUGACCUCCUUCGAUACGCUAGACGAGACACUGGCCCCCUUGCUCGCCAAGUCAUUGCCCGACACGCUGGUCAACCUGACGCCUCUGCAAAAGGCAAAAGCCAACGUCAUGCUCAGCUACAUCAUCAACGACCUCGUAUGGAUGUUUCUGAAAGUGCAAGGCCACGAUGCUGCGAAUCACCCCGUCAUGGCGCAACUGAAACGAGUACAGGGCUAUUUCGAAAAGAUCAAAGAGGCCGAACUCGGCAAGGCAAAGCCCACGCAGCGAUUAGACAGAGCAGCGGCCAACAGGUUCAUCAGCAGUGCCGUCAAGUCAGCAAAGACCGCAGAGCAAAUCGAAGCCGAUCGAUCGCAUGGCAAGCAUUCACGAUUCUCGAGCUUGGCACGGCCAGACGCGCCACAAGCGACUACCUCAGAAGACGUAGCCGUCGUCGAGCAGCUCUCUCAGCCGCCAUCAAAGAAGAAGAGGCCCGCCAUGGACCCCUUCGAAGGCUACGAGAGUAAGGCAGCCGAGGCGAAGCCAGCUGACCCAAUGCCAAAGAAGAAGAAAUCCAAAAAGCUAAAGAUGAAAGCGACGGAGUAG